GAAAACAAAUCCACAUUUUAGACGUUUCAGUUCACUCGUAGAGACAACUGAUGGGAGAGAGGGGGUAUAGAGAGACUGUUUCCUUAUUAACUGGAUUGACACCGAAGCUACAUUCGAGACUAUUUAUGCCUCCGAGGCUUACGUUAGGUUUAUAAUCGACUCGUAUCCAGUACCUCUUACCUACACAUAUAGGUAUAUUUAUAUUUGGAAGGCAUUUUACAACGGCAUAGCGACCGUCUUGUCUCUGCUAUGGCAUAGCGCAAUACAGCUACAGCUACGCGGCAACCAUUUUUAAAAAGGAAAGAAACAGAAAGAAUUCACCCCGAAGGUGAAAACGUUAUUAGCUCGCGGCAUCGUUUGUCCCCCACAAAAACACAACGCUGUAUAGUCGUAUGGUCGUAUAGUAGUACUGUACAGUGUAUACUGUACAUCGCCAUACAGACCAUAAUAUAACAACAAACCUCAUCAUCAUCUCCAAAAACUCUUCCAACUUGCAUCUCUUCAUCUUGAUGGACGAGGACGACCGCGAAGCGAUGCUGAGGAGGAGAAGAGACGCGGGCGCCGCCAACAACUGUACUCGUAAGUCGUAUAUUGCCCAGUUCCGUUCUUCUCCAGUUCGUCUAUCAGAGUCGUUACAGAAGGUUGUAUUCGUUGGUGUUUUCGGUGACGUUCAAUUCGACUUACGUGCUAGUUUUUAUCACGUGUUUUUCGUUUUUCGAGAAAGUAUAAUUAUAAUAAUUUUUGAGUUAAUUUUUCUAUUUAGCUCGAAAGUGCGUUUUUUUGUUCGAUUUAAUUUGAUUUUUUUUCUCUUGUUUUUGAACGAUCGCGAAUAAGUGACUUGAUAAUUGUUUUUAUUCGAGUUUUUCUUUUUGUAUUUGUUUUUCGGUAAUUAUUGGUGAAUUUUUUAUUCGAGAAUUGGAGAUUUAUUGGUAAAAUUUUAUUAAAUUGUAUUAGCAUAUUUUUUGUUGUGGCGGUUUGAUUCGAGUGUGCCUACUACGCUGACAAAAUUUUCCCUUACGAUAUUCUACGAUUACCGAUUGCCGUGGUUGAAAGUCAAUUAGCCACGCUGGAGCCGACUUGUCAGAAAAGGUUUCCUUGUUUUUGAACUUGGUCAAGGGGUAUCUGCGUCCAGAUUAUGAAGAGGAAGUGCGAAGUACUGCGAAGCGAUGUCGAUUCAAAGGAGCCAAAAGAUCUUACAUCAUCUCGAACCACCAUUUACCCGGCGCAGAUCAAACUCAGCACGUCACCGGCUACUUCGCCAACGAUGUCUACAAAUUCGUCAUCUCCGACACCUUCGAUACCGCCACCUUCGCUAGGAUACAAUCAUAAAAUAACCGGGAUCCCGUGCGUCGCAGCAGCCUCCAAAUACACGGCGCCGGUACACAUCGACGUCGGUGGCACCAUAUACACAUCUUCGUUAGAAACGCUUACCAAAUACCCGGAUUCGCGAUUAGCCAAGCUUUUCAACGGCAGUAUUCCGAUAGUUUUAGAUUCGCUGAAACAACACUACUUUAUCGACAGAGAUGGCAGCAUGUUCAAGCAUAUAUUGAAUUUCAUGCGGAAUUCCCGACUCCUGAUACCGGAAAAUUUCGCCGAUCUUGAUCUCUUGCUGGAGGAAGCGCGUUACUUCGAUAUUACUCCCAUGUGCCGACAACUGGAACAAAUGAAAAAAGAACGCCAACGCUGCGCACCCCUCGGUAAAUCCAUCUACCAUAGAGGUAGUAACGGAGGCGGAGGUGGUAUCGACAACCGUUUACAAAAUUGUUCCUCACUGAACGAACAAGAUAACUACGAAUGCGUCGCCAUGCACGUAUGUCCAGAUCUCGGCGAACGCAUAAUGCUCUCCGGUGACCGCUGCUUGGUCGAAGAAGUCUUCCCGGAAACCAAUCAGGCCCUGAUGGACGCUCGCAGCAGCGUCGCCUGGAAUCAACACGAUGCAGCUCACGUCAUAAGAUUCCCAUUAAAUGGCUACUGUAAGCUGAAUUCCGUUCAGGCCAUCACCAGGCUACUAAAUGCCGGAUUUCGGAUAGCUGCCAGCAGCGGAGGAGGCGUCGAAGGCCAGCAGUUUUCCGAGUAUUUAUUCGUCCGCAAGGCGUUAUCGGUGACUUGAUGAUGACGUCGUUGUGCGCUAGCAGCUAUCGUGUGUCUCUUGUCAUCAUCGCGCGAGCGUUUCGCAAAACCAAAAUUAUUAUAUUACUCGUAGUAAUUUACUAUUACUAAUUAGUUUGAAGAAGAAUGGUUGGUGUUUUUUCUCAUCGCCCAAUUUUACUCGUAUUUUAUACGAUUUGUCGUGUCGAUGAAAUUCUGAAUCUCAUCGUCGUUGUCCAUCUUUUCUCUUUUUUCUUCUUCUUCGCGAUUUUUUUUUUUUAGUCAUUUCGUGUGUUGUUCUUCGUUUUAAUGUUAUAUUAUAUUUUUAUUGUGUAUAAAAAAUGAUGUAUGCUUUUUAAGCGUUAUUGUUUCUGUCGUUUAUCUGUUUUCUAUUUUUUUUUUUUUUUUUCAUUUUUA